GUUCCAGUACAUCUAUCGGUACAGUUCUCAAGUAAGCACUGUAAGCCACGAUUAUAGUAUAAAUGUAGUGAUCGGUGGUGAGUUGGAGGAUCUUGUCUCCUUGCUGACAUAUAGAUAUUCCACGUGUAAUUAAAUAGAAAUUCAAAAAACGUUCUAUAAUUUCACCGCUACUAAUCAUGGUACUGGAUUUAGAGCUGUUUCGAAAGGAUAAAGGGUUUGAUCCAGAUAAAGUGCGAGAAAAUCAAAGGAAACGUUUUAAAGAUGUAAAUUUAGUCGACACGGUGAUCGAAAAAGAUAAAAUUUGGCGUCAGCUGCGACACAGAGCUGAUAACUUAAAUAAAUUAAAAAAUGUAUGCAGCAAAGAGAUAGGAGAGAAAAUGAAAAAAAAGGAAGCAGUGGGCGGCGAUGACACUGUCUCAAAGGAUAUUCUUGAAAACCUGGAAAAUUUAUUGCCUAAUAACCUGAAAUCGUUAACAGUUGCACAGAUCAAAACUGUUCGUGGUUCCAUCGACGAUGCUAUUCGAACAAAUGAUAAAGAUUUAGUCUUAACCGAAUUGGAAAGAAACCGUGCACUCAAAGAAAUAGGAAACAUAUUGCAUGAGUCUGUACCAAUUAGCAAUGACGAGGAGGAAAAUAAAGUUGAGAGAACUUGUGGAGAUUGUACACAGAAAAAGAAGUAUUCUCAUGUUGAUUUAAUAUACAUGAUAGAUGGUAUAGAUGGAGAACGUGGCACUAAUGUCUCAGGGGGGCGUGGUUAUUUUUUAACAGGACCAGCAGUUUUUCUGCAGCAUGCGUUAAUUCAAUUAGCUCUCAGGCAGUUACAUGUAAAAGGUUACAAACCACUUUACACGCCAUUCUUUAUGCGUAAGGAUGUUAUGCAAGAAGUAGCACAAUUAUCUCAAUUUGAUGAAGAAUUAUACAAGGUAAUUGGUAAGGGUAGUGAACGCAAUGACGAUAAAGAAAUUGAAGAAAAAUAUUUGAUUGCUACAUCUGAGCAACCGAUAGCUGCGUUUCAUAGAAACGAAUGGAUUCCUGAAAAUAUUUUACCAAUUAAGUAUGCAGGACUAUCUACAUGUUUUAGGCAAGAAGUUGGAUCUCAUGGACGUGAUACUAGAGGCAUUUUUAGGGUUCAUCAAUUUGAAAAAGUAGAGCAAUUCUGUUUAACAUCACCAUAUGAUGAUAAAUCUUGGCAAAUGAUGGAAGAAAUGAUUUCAAAUGCAGAAGAAUUUUAUAAAUCUUUGGAGAUCCCUUAUCGUAUAGUAAAUAUAGUAUCUGGUGCAUUGAAUAAUGCUGCUUCAAAAAAACUAGACUUAGAAGCAUGGUUUCCGGGAUCAAGCGCUUUUCGCGAACUCGUCUCAUGUAGCAACUGCUUAGAUUAUCAAGCAAGACGUUUACUGGUCAGAUAUGGUCAAACCAAGAAGAUGAAUGCUAAUACAGAUUACGUUCAUAUGUUAAAUGCAACUAUGUGUGCGGUUACUCGCGUCAUAUGUGCAAUUUUGGAAGUACAUCAAACAGAUACUUCUGUUAAAGUACCAAAGGUUCUUGCACAAUUUAUGCCAACAGAAUACGAGUAUGAAAUUCCGUUUGUUAAACCAGCACCUAUCGAUGAAACAGAAGUAAAAAAACAAAAAAAGCAAAAGGAACGAAAGGAUGUUAUCUGCACUUAAAUAAUUAUAAUGAAUUUAGUUACAGUCUAAGUGCUAUAAGUCUCGGAUCCAAUAUGCUUAUAAAAUAGAAUAAUUGUUUGUUACAAUUGACAAAUAAAUUUCCCAUAAAUGUAUUAGAAUAUCUGUAAAACUUUUGUGUAUAAAUUUUAUUACUUAUUUUAACGAUAUAGAUAUAUACAAUAUGCUUCAAUAUCUUUCAGUCCAUAUUCCAUAUGUCUAUAAUAUAAUUUUGCUAUUCAGGUGCAAGUUGUAACAAUUUGCAUAAUAAAAACUUAAGAACAGUAUAA